AUGGAUUCUUAAAUGGUUUCCGUAAUGAAUACUCCCCUGAUGUGGCCUGUAAACCAGGGCCUUUUCUCAUUUUGGAAAAAGUCUGUCCUCCACCCUCUCUCCUUUGUGACCCGGAAACCGAUAAGUGGUUGAGUGGUCGAGGAGAUGUCAAUUCGUUAGUAGGCGAAUGGAAGAGUGUCUUCCCCUCCUCGAUAGCCACCUUUCAUCGAAGAUAGUCAUAUGUGUCGCGGAAGAGUUUUGAAACCUGUCACAACCCUUUGAAUAAGUGAUGGGGAAACUAAGCUUCCUGAAGCAUUGAGGCUUUCCAGCCACUUGUGUCGAAAAUAGGUUAAUUACUCAAGGCUUUGAUCAACACAGUGUACACUAGUGGAACCUGCUGGUCAACAUUUCUUUGAGCUGCCAAAUUAUUAUAGAUGACGUCCCACACACCAGAGAGCAUGCACCGCGUAGCCUACUGAAACCAAUACCAAACCAAUCAGGUGGUUGUUUGAUGAAACUGAGCUUCGGACAUCAUUGUUCACGUGCUUCUGAUAAAGUGAUACAGGCAUCGGCACACCGCUUCGAAGUACACUGCUUAGCUAUUUCGACUCAUUCCUCUGAGCUCCAGUAUCAAAUGUAACAUCGCUACUUUGAAUCAGCUUUUGUUUUGGCGGAGGAGAAAAGCAUGCCCACGUUUAAAAACAAUAUGCUACUUAUCGGUUUAUCUAUAAAAUGUCUUCACAACUAACUUAAUUUGUUUUCAUCACUUUACACAUUUCUUUUGGGAUCCACCCCUCUAAGCAGAAUCUGCCUGAUGAUGCACGAGUGGAGGAGAGUCUCAUUUCCUAUAAGCACAUUUUCAUCCACGUUCCAUCUCCCCACCGCCUCUCCUCGAUUACCUUUGACCUUUUUCAAAAGGAGGCGAGAGAGGACGGAGGAGAGAGGACGCUGGAGUUGAGAAAAUUAGAAAAGUCCCAGGAGUUUCCUAACACCACUGUGUUAAGCCUGUCGCAUGCUUCCCAGUCAAAAAAGUUUGCAUAUAUUAUGACAACUUUUGUGACCUUUUUGUUCGUUUUGGUGUUCGGCUGUUUUUUUUUCCGCUGUUCAAGCACACACAUUUUUUUCUUGAGGCAAGUCGAAGUUUGGUAGUCCCUUCAUUGUUGAUUGGUCAACAGUACUACUCCUAGUAGGAGAGGGAACUAUGGAUGGGAUUCUUCAAUGAAGUGUUUGUUUUCAUUGAACGAGAGAUGACUAGUUAAUUUUUUCACUUGAGAAAUACUGCACCAAACAUCUUAGUUAGAUGUAAAAAUGCGCGGCUAAGACCUCCUUGGUAAAAACAUCUAAAUUAAUGACAGAUUUCAUGAUUUAUCAUAGAUUAAUUCAGACUAUUUUGAGGAGGUGUAUACUGGCUAUGUUGUUGCUACGGCGUCUCAAAUAUUGCCGCUUUUGUCUCGUGUUUCAAGCGAAGGUCUUUUAAGGAAGUAUGCGAGGCACAGACGUUCACGUCGCCUAGCCGAGUUCUGCUAGGAGCAAACCAAAACUAGUAUGCAGGCACCUUUAGGGUAUAACCAGGCCCUCAAAGAAAGGCCUUAUGACAUGCUGUAUGUAAUGUAUUGUCAUAAAGAGUAACAUGUUGUUAAUAAUGUUGGUAGAACUGUUCAUAGACGGUUCUAGGAAGAACCUUUAGAGAAUUAAAGUGUUCUUGGUAGAACCCUUUAUAGAUGGUUCUAGGCAGAACCCUUCAUAGAGGGUUCUAGGUAGAACUACGCACAGGGGUUAUAUGAAGAACCCUACAGGUUCUAAAUAGAACCCUCUCUGCAAAGGUUUCUACUUCGUACCAAAAAGUGUUCCCCUAUGGGGAAACCGAAGAACCAUAUAUGGUUCUACUUAGCACAAUUUUUUCCUAAGAGUGUAUGUUCUGCCACUCUGACAUAAUGUCCUGUCUAUGUGAUGUCACUUCCAGGUCAGCUGGCAGCGGGGACAUGUGAGAUUGUGAUGCUGGACAGGGACAGCAGUCAGCCCAGACGUACCAUCGCCAGACAGACUGCACGGUGCGCCUGUAAGAAGGGACAGAUCGCUGGGACGACAAGAGCCAUGCCAGCCUGUGUGGACGGUAAGAGCUUUUACAUAGUUUAG